UUUCGUGUCGAAUUCUAGACAUGUCGAGUCACUUGUCCCGUAGUCCGUAUCUCAAUCCCUUUCGUUGAGAAUCCUUUCCUGUUUGCAGAUUGUGAUCGAUAACUAUGGCGACGAAACAACCGACAGGGUUAGAGAUUAUUGGUGGGUUAGCUAUUCACGUUAUUGUAUCGAAACUCGGACCUUCUGAUGCAGCAGCUGUCGCAUGUGUCAACAAACGCUUCAAAGAUUGGGCCUCGGAUGAAUCUCUAUGGUCGUCUUUCUGUGCGCAAGAACUGAAACUCUCUUCCCCUACUGAUCCUUUGGGCAAUCCAUGUCCCUCUUUUAAGGCAGCUUAUGGGGCAUGGAGGGAAGCUUAUGGUAUGUACCCAUGGUCUCUUGUUAAACGAGUGAAAGAUAUUUGGGACAGAAUCAGAACAUGGUUAACAAAAAAUUUCCCAGAGGUGUUACCCACCCUUCGUAAGGGUGCUUCUGAAGAUGAAAUAAACAAGUUAGAAAAGUGUUUGAAAGUAAAACUCCCUCUUCCCACAAGGGUCCUCUACCGAUUUUGUGAUGGACAAGAACAAUGUAAUCCUUCAUCAAGAGGAAGUACAACUACACUUCAAAAUCUAUGUGGUUUAAUCGGAGGUUACUCUUUCUAUGAAUAUCUCGUGAAUGUUUUCUUGUUGCCAUUAGAUCUUAUAAUCAAAGAGACGAAUGAUAUUGUACGCCAUCUUGGAUUUAGUAAACACAAAUACAUUGUUGUGGCAACUUCUUCUACUUACACUGAGAAGAUCUUUUUUCUUGAUUGUGAGGAGGGUCAACUCUAUGUUGGCACCAAGAAUCUCUUAGUGAGUCGAGAGAUAAUGCCGUGUGUUCCGAAUGGAUUGAUAACUUCAGUUCAUGAUUCCAAAAGUUGUUUUCAACAAGAUGGUAUGUUGUUAUGGUUGGAAGAACAUGUUCAUCGUCUUGAAACUGGAUAUAUUAAAGUUCGUGAAGAAGGAAAUAUUAGAAGCAUUAGUUUGUUCCCUGAACAACUUCCCCUUUGUUCUUCAGCUACCACAGGUGGUGUUCAGGUUCGUGCUUCUGCUGUAUUUGUGCCUGAGUUCAGUGACCUUGUGCAAGAAAAAGAGAAAUACAUGUUUGCUUAUUCUAUCCGUAUGUCUCUUAAACCUGAGGGAUGUUUUAUCCAUGGAAUGUCCUUCAAUUCAUGUCAACUCUAUUGGAGACAUUGGAUCAUCAAAGCAAACGAUCAUGUUGUUGCAGAUAUCAAUGGAGAAGCUGUGAUAGGCCAGUUUCCACUAUUACGUCCUGGGAAGAAAGAAUUUGUUUACGAGAGUUGCACAAUGUCCGCAUCAUCACCGGGAUCUAUCGAGGGUUCUUUCACAUUUGUCCCUGGAAGAUUGGCAGAUCCGAAAGGAAGUACUUUUGAUGUUGAAGUUGCUAAAUUUCCUCUUUUGUUGCCGGAAUACAUCUUCUAAUUCCAAAGUGUUGUCCGUGAAACUAUAUCUUCUUAUCAUGUAAUGAAUCGCUUACAAUCUACUUUUUUUCAAAAACAAAAGAAAAUCUUUGUGUGAUUGAAAUCCGAAAUGAAUUCUUGUAAUCAAUGAUGUGAGAACCUUGGAAUAAUUUUCUAUAUUUUGAUUGUCUA